CUGAAUUAAAGAAAAACUGAUGAUUUUUAAGAAAAGUGCCUAAACUGAACUUUUACCUUCGUGAAGAUUAAUAAGAGGGCACAAAUGGAUUCUAACAAUAUUAAAGUAGAUACUUCACCAGAUCACGAAAACAAAUUUUGUUUUGUACCUUCGUGUCGCAGCACUACUUAUACGAAUCCGGAAAAACAUUUUAUUUUCGUUCCCAAAAAUGAUGCGGUGAGAAAACAAUGGUGUAUUGCUGCUAAUUGUCCUGAUAAGCGUCUGCAAACAGUUUCUUAUUGUUGCGAAGAUCAUUUUAAUUUAGAAGAAGACUUAGAAAACUAUUUUUAUGUAAAGACGGUGCCUAAUGCUCAGAAAAUUUUAAAGAAAGGAGUUGUGCCGCGAUUUUUUAAUACAGCAAACACUGCAACUACUUCAAAAAAUACGAUUUUUACAGAAAUAUUUAUUAAAACUGAACCAUUGGAUGACAAUGUUACAAUGGAAGUUGGGCAAAUUAAGAGUGAAAUACCAGAUGAUGGCAGUAAUGAUUUCAUGGAAAAAGAAAUACUUAAAGAAUCAAUUUAUGAAAAUGAUAAACAAUUUUACACAAUUAAUUAUGAAAAUAUUAAAGUUAAAGAAGAAUUACAUACAGAACAGAUUUUUAAAAAUGAAACAUUUGAUGAAAAUAUUAGAAUGGAAGUUGAUCCAAUUAAAAAUGAAAUACAAGAAGAAGAAGACAGCCAUGAUAUUGAUAGUGAUAGUGUUGUAAGUGUUAAACAUGAACCUGUUCAUGAAAAUGUUAAACAUUCGGACACAAAUAAUGAUGAAAAUAUUGAACUUGAAAAAGAAUUACAUACAGAACUGAUUAUUAAAAAUGAAACAUUUGAUGGCAAUGUUGUAAAGAAAGUUGGAUUUUCAUGUAAUAUUUGUAAUAGAACAUUUACUUAUCAACACAGUUUAGUUAGACAUGAACGGAUUCACAGUGGAGAGAAACCAUUUUCAUGCGAUAUUUGUAAUAAAAAAUUUUCUCAGCAACAUCAUUUUGUUACACAUAAACGUAUUCAUAGUGGAGAAACACAAUUUCGUGGUUCUUUAGCUAUACAUCAACGUAUUCACAGCGAAGAAAAACCAUUUUCAUGUGAUAUUUGUAAAAAAACAUUUAGUGAUCAACGCAAAUUAGUUACACAUAUACGAAUUCAUAAUGUAGAAAAAACAUUUUCCUGUGAUAUUUGUUAUAAAACAUUUGCUCAGCAAGGUUAUUUAGUUUCACAUAAACGUACUCAUAGUAAUAGCUAG